AUGCUUUGUACAGGGGAGCGGAGGGAACGGCAGGGAACAUGCUUUAAUGGACGAGAUUUGAGGAAAAUUUCUCUGUACAGUAGAUACAAGGAGAAGGUGUUACCGUGCUUUGAACAGCUACUUCCGUUUAUUGUCAAACUAAUAUGUCCGCAUAGACCCUGGCCAGACAGACAGCGGGGAUUGUGCAUCUUGGAUGAUGUCAUCAAGCACUGUAGUCCAUCUUCGUCUAAAUAUGCAGAGUAUUUCUUACAUCCGAUGCUGCAGUAUGUGUGUGACAACAGCCAGGAGGUCCAGCAGGCGGCCGCGUAUGGCCUCGGUGUCAUGGCGCAGUAUGGUGGCGAGAACUACAGGCCUUUCUGCACAGAAGCCCUCCCGCUGCUGGUAAGAGUCAUUCAGUCCACUGUUUCAGAGACCAAAGAAAACAUCAAUGCUAGAGAAAACUGUAUUUCAGCAUUCGGGACAAUUAUGAAGUUCAAGCCCGACUGUGUGAACGUGGAGAAGGUCCUGCCCCAAUGGUUCUCUUGGAUCCAGCUGCACGAGGACAAGGAGGAAGCUUUCCAGACCUUCAGCUACCUGUGCGACCUCUUGGAGGUCAAUCACCCCAUCGUCAUUGGCCCUAGCAAUACCAACCUGCCCAAGAUAUUCAGCAUCAUCGCAGAGCAGAGGGAGAUUGAGGAAACAUGCUUUAAUGGACGAGAUUUGAGGAAAAUUUCUCUGUACAGUAGAUACAAGGAGAAGGUGUUACCGUGCUUUGAACAGCUACUUCCGUUUAUUGUCAAACUAAUAUGUCCGCAUAGACCCUGGCCAGACAGAGAGCGGGGAUUGUGCAUCUUGGAUGAUGUCAUCGAGCACUGUAGUCCAUCAUCGUCUAAAUAUGCAGAGUAUUUCUUACAGCCGAUGCUGCAGUAUGUGUGUGACAACAGUCAAGUGGUCCAGCAGGCGGCCACGUAUGGCCUGGGUGUCAUGGCGCAGUAUGGUGGCGAGAACUACAGGCCUUUCUGCACAGAAGCCCUCCUGCUGCUGGUAAGAGUCAUUCAGUCCACUGUUUCAGAGACCAAAGAAAACAUCAAUGCUAGAGAAAACUGUAUUUCAGCAUUCGGGACAAUUGUGAAGUUCAAGCCCGACUGUGUGAACGUGGAGGAGGUCCUGCCCCAAUGGCUCUCUUGGAUCCCGCUGCACAAGGACAAGGAGGAAGCUGUCCAGACCUUCAGCUACCUGUGCAACCUGUUGGAGAGCAAUCACCCCAUAGUCAUUGGCCCUAGCAAUACCAACCUGCCCAAGAUAUUCAGCAUCAUCGCAGAGGGAGAAAUGCAUGAGGCCAUUAAACACGAAGACCCUUGCAAAUGCCUGGUUAAAGUGGUUUGCCAAGUUCAGACUUCUGUAGGAGUAUGGACAGAGUGCGUAGGCCAGUUCAGCCCUGAGGAGCAGGUGGAUAUCCUGGAGCUCCUGACUUGGCUUGAAGGGCCUUAA